AUCCCUUCCUCCUCCUCCUCCUCCUCAUUUCUCCGUUAUCCCCUCCCUCCUCUUCUGACCCAGCGCGCCCAUUUUCUCGCUCGGCUUUUCCUCCAUUCGCAUCCCUCACCAUGAGGCUGAAGAGCCGGGGAUGCUGCGCCCCGGGCGGAGGCAACGGAGGCGGCGGCGGGGAGGAGGAGAAGCAGCAGCAGCCACAGCAGCCGCCCGGGCCGGCCCCUCCGCCGGUGCGGAGCCCCUUCGCGCACCACCUGCGCUUCAGCGCCCUGCAGAAAGCCAAGAUUGCCUUCAUGACGCUGACCCUGUUCCCCAUCCGGCUGUUUUUUGCUGCUUUCAUGAUGUUGCUGGCCUGGCCUUUUGCAUUCAUCGCAUCCAUGGGACCUGCUGACAGAGAAAUAGAAAAACCCCUCUCCUGGUGGCGGAAGUUUGUGGAUGUCAUGCUGAAGGCCAUCAUGAGGACCAUGUGGCUUGCUGGGGGAUUCCACUGGAUAAAUGUGAAGGGCAGGCAGGCCUUGCCCACUGAAGCAGCAAUAUUGACUCUGGCUCCCCAUUCCUCGUACUUUGAUGCUAUACCCGUAACAAUGACCAUGGCCUCCAUUGUUAUGAAAGCAGAAAGCAAAGAUAUUCCUGUUUGGGGAACUCUAAUCAAAUACAUUCGACCCGUGUUUGUAUCUCGAUCAGAUCAGGAUUCCCGCAGGAAAACUGUUGAGGAGAUAAGACGGCGUGCUCAGUCAAAUGGCAAAUGGCCACAGAUUAUGAUAUUCCCAGAAGGAACAUGCACUAAUCGAUCCUGCCUAAUUACCUUCAAGCCUGGAGCAUUUAUCCCUGGAGUCCCUGUCCAACCUGUGAUUUUACGUUAUCCAAACAAACUGGAUACAAUUACGUGGACAUGGCAGGGUCCAGGAGCGUUGAAAAUUCUGUGGCUUACUUUAUGUCAGUUUCAUAAUUUUGUGGAAAUAGAGUUCCUGCCUGUGUAUAUACCCUCUGAAGAAGAAAAGAGAAACCCAUCUCUGUAUGCAAAUAACGUGAGACGGAUCAUGGCACAGGCUUUGGGGGUUCCAGUAACGGACUACACUUUUGAAGAUUGCCAGCUAGCUUUGGCCGAAGGACAGCUUCGUCUCCCUUCAGACACCUGCCUCUUAGAAUUUGCAAAGCUUGUGAGAAGCCUUGGAUUAAAGCCAGAGAAGCUUGAAAGAGAGCUUGAUGCAUAUUCAGGAAAUACCAAGAGAAUGAAAGACAAAAGGGUCAGUCUCAAGGAAUUUGCGGAAUACCUAGAAGUCCCAGUUUCUGACACAUUAGAAAACAUGUUUGCACUUUUUGAUGAGAAGGAAGGUGGUCUGAUUGACUUAAGAGAAUAUGUCAUCGCUUUGUCUGUAGUCUGUCGGCCAUCCAAAACCUUGCAAACGAUACAACUGGCUUUUAAGAUGUAUCAGUCAGAAACUGGAGCUCUAACAGAAGAAGAUUUAACUUGCAUUUUAAAGACUGCCAUGGGUGUUUCAGAUCUUAAUGUGUCAAACCUUUUCAGAGCUAUAGAUGUCGACGAAAGGGGGGAAAUUACAUACGAGGAUUUCCACAAGUUUGCCGAAAUGUAUCCAAAUUUUGCUGAGGAGUAUUUAUAUCCCGAUCAAAUGGAGACUGAUAGCUGCCCUGCUCCUAACGGUUUCUGUACAGACUUCAGCCCAGAAACUACUGAAGACAGAAGAAAUCACCUGCAGAAGAAACUGAAUUAAUGUUAACAAUUCCAGCGUCCUCUUCUGGUGAGAGUAGCAUGUCCUGUCCUUGGGCUCGUCAUAGUCACACAACUAUGUAAUCUGAAGUAUGUGAGGGUGUGUAAGACAGAGAGGAAGUGUGUGUGAGAGAGGG